CGCUGUAUACAUUUGUGCCAAGAAAAUUAGAACCAGAGCACCCAAUCUUAGAUGGAAAAUAAUUGCUCACCCUCUGAAAACUUCAUUGUUAAAUCUCAAACACCUUCCCCCAUAGCCCAAUCCCAGGUCAGGUUGAAGAAACCCAGAACCAGGCCAUUAAGGGAAGCUGUAAAGCGAAGCCCUAAAGAGGGAGCAAAGGUGGUUGAAUAUGAUCAAGAGCCAACCUCAAGAGCAGAUCAGAACGACACCGUUCAAGCACAGAAAUUGAUGGUUGAAGAUGCUUCUCUUGAUCCCAGAGAGUGCAGAGAGAACACCGCCUUUCAGAAUGAAGGUGCUUCAAAGAAGGGAUCUGCAAAGUCACAUCUAUACGAGAUCUGUGCUGCAAACUAUUGGAAGCCCCCUUUAUUUGAAUGCUGCAAAGAGGAAGGGCCAAGCCAUGCAAAAAUGUUCACCUUCAAGGUUAUUGUUGAGAUACAAGAAGCCUCAACUACUGUUUUGGAGUGCUUUGGGGCUCCCCAAUUGAAAAAGAAAAGGGCAGCAGAGCAUGCAGCUGAAGGUGCACUAUGGUACUUGAAGCAUAGUGGUUAUUCUCCAAAGGAUGACCAAAUCAUAUAGAUUAGCACAUAAUAUAUGCCUUUGUUUAUAAUAUAUCUAUAUAUAUAUAUGCCUUUGUUUAUUCCCACUAUUUCCUUACUGGAAAUUAUAUUUAGGGUUUCGUUGCCCAUAAAAGCUUUUGUUCUUUCA